AUGGGAGGACAAGAGGAGGACAAGAGGACACAAUGGGAGGAUGAGAGGGCUACAGGAGGACAAGAGGAUGGGAGGACAAGAGGAGGACAGGACAAUGGGACAUGGGACAAUGGGACACGGGAGAACAGGACAACAGGACACAGGAGAUGGGACAUGGGAGAACAGGACACGGGACAUGGGACACAGGACAAUGGGACACGGGAGAACAGGACAACGGGACAUGGGACACAGGACAAUGGGACACGGGAGAACAGGACAAUGGGAUAUGGGACACGGGACAAUGGGACACGGGACAACAAGACACGGGACAUGGGACAAUGGGACAACAGGACACAGGACAACAAGACAUGGGACAAUGGGACAUGGGACAAGAUAAUUGGGAGGAAGUACACAGUGAGACAAGGCACCAAAGAUAGGAAAAAUGGGCAAUGGGUAAACAUGGGAAUGGGAAGGUGGAGAAUGGAGAAAUGGGGUGAAUGGGGAGAUGGGACACGGGAGAUGGGAGACAGGAGACAGGAGGGAGAUAGGAAAUGAGAAAUGAGAAAUG